CCCUCUCACACCGAAAAAAAAAAAAAGAAAAAAAGAAGAAGAAGAGAAGGAAAAAUGAAUGUUACAAAUUGUCUGUACAGAGUUGUAAUAUUGAUGAUUCUACAAUCAUUGGUUGCUGAGAGUGCAUUCAUUUACAAUGUCCUAAGUUUUGGAGCUAAGCCUAAUGGUGCAACGGAUUCCACCCAGGCUUUUGUGGAUGCAUGGUCUGCAGCUUGUGCCUCCAACGAUUCCACUACCAUAAGUGUACCAAAAGGGAGGUAUUUGCUUCCCUCUGCUAUCAAGUUUAGAGGUGACAAAUGCAAAACCCUAGAUAUUACUUUCCAGAUCGACGGAACGUUGAUUGCUUCAUCUGAUUACCGUAUUCUAGGCCAAGCUAACAACUGGCUCAGCUUCGAGCGAGUUACCGGUGUUUCCAUCAUUGGAGGCACUCUUGAUGCCAAAGGUACUGCCUUGUGGGCUUGCAAGUUAGCUGCAAGCACUGGUUGUCCCAACGGAGCCACGAGUCUGAGAUUUACAAACUCCAAAAACAUUAGCAUCAAUGGACUAACCUCAUUGAACAGCCAAAUGUUUCACAUUGUGAUAAACGGUUGCCAAGAUGUUUACAUUCGAGGAGUCAAAGUCAAUGCGGCUGGCAAUAGCCCAAACACUGAUGGCAUCCAUGUCCAACUGUCUAGAAAUGUUGCAAUUUUCAACACAUCCAUCAAAACUGGUGAUGAUUGCGUCUCUAUUGGCCCUGGCAUGAAGGACUUGUGGGUCGAACAAAUAUCAUGUGGACCUGGCCAUGGCAUUAGCAUAGGGAGUUUGGCCAAAGACUUGGAAGAGGAAGGAGUUCAAAAUGUGACGGUUAGAAACGCAAAUUUCAAGGGUACUCAAAAUGGGCUGAGGAUUAAGUCUUGGCCUAGACCUAGCAGCGGCUUUGUCCAAGGUGUUCAAUUUAUUGAUGCUGUAAUGCUUAAUGUCCAAAAUCCCAUUGUAAUUGAUCAAAAUUACUGCCCAGGCAAUAUCAACUGCCCUGCUCAGGCAUCAGGUGUGAAAAUCAGUGAUGUAUUGUACCGAAACAUUCAAGGAACAUCAGGAAGAGCAGUAGCAAUAAAAUUCGAUUGUAGCGCAACAAAUCCAUGCAGUGGGAUACGACUCGAAAACGUGAGUUUGACCUACCGGAAUCAAGUGGUUCAAUCACAUUGUACCAAUGUAAAUGGAAAUACUUCUGGCAUUGUUCAACCAAAUAGUUGUUUGUAA